UUUCUCAUUUGGAAGGAAAAUCUGAUUGUAACCUCUGUACGACUUUCCAGCUGCAACAAUACAGGAUCUACCAUCAUAAGUUCAUUUGUAAUUUGUUCACUAGACAUUCGACGUUCGUCUACGUUAUUUUUCUUGUGUUAUCAUUCCAUAUAAAAAAUGGAAAAUUUAAAUGAAGCUCUGAAAGAGAAAUCGGUUCAUGCCGACAAAUCGGUUUUUUUGUGUUCCUGCCGAACGAUCUAAAUCAAAUCAAUCCAAAUGAUCGUGUAAAAGAUAAUGAAAGUUUCAAUAACGCGAUUGCGGCCAAAAACGAUGGAAAUAUGAAAUUCCAGAAUAAACAAUACGCAGCGGCCAUUCGAAUGUAUGAUGAUGCCAUCGAAAAAUUCGAAAAUAUUGAACGGUCGUACAACCUUGAAUUGGCUGUAUGUUAUCAAAAUCGUGCUGCUGCUAGAAUGCACCUCAAAGAUCCAAAUGGAUCUAUUUCGGAUGCUGACAAGGCGAUUGAGUUAAACGAGCACUAUUCGAAAGCAUAUUAUCGACGAGCCACAGCUUACAAUGCUGAGAGAAAAUAUUUCCGUGCCCUUCAGGACACUGUGCAGGCCUGCAUUUUGGAAAGAUUCCAAAAUAAAACGUACACAGACAUGGUAUGUUUUCUGUUGACUCGAAUUGACGAACAUCCAACGGAAAUGCAAUGGAAAAUGGCGUACCUUGAAAUGGAAGCUGAGGAGUUGUCCUGUGAGCAUUGCAUCCAAACUCAACUCAAGUUUAUCAAGAAUAUUGGAAUUCUUGAUCUCAUAAGUGUUCCGAUACCGAAUAACGAAACACACAUUGGCUACAUUAAAGCAAUGGCAGGCUUGAAGGAGUUGAACAUAGACAAAAUCAUGGCCGGCUGCAUAGAAGAGGAAGCUAUGAAAGGAAACCAUUUAGCACAAAGUUUCAUUUUGAGAGCAUACAUGAAUACAGUAGCUAAAACGUCACCAUCGAACACGAAGCGUGAAUAUCCAAAAGAUUUGCGUCGGAUGAACGAGCUCAUUUUGGAUGAAAAUACCUCAGAAAACAUAAAGUUCAACGCACUUUUAUGCCGUGCGAACAUGUACAACCGUAAAGGCGAUUUUGAAGAAGCUAGCGCUGAAUUAAAGCCAUUGGAGAAGAAGUAUAAAAACAAUCCCUUGGUCUACAUAAUUAAAAGUGGAGCACUGCUGCAACUCUCGCAAAGCAAUCCAAAAUUUUUGAAAGAAUUGAACAAUUGCUGCACCCUCCUUCCCAACGUGUACGAACUGCAUUUGCAGCUAACUUUGGCUGAAAUAUCGAAUCCCCUCAACAAACUCUUUCGGUGUCAUAAACCCAAUUGCAAGAAUGGAACAGUUAAUGAACCGUUUUCCGAAUGAGAUCGAACCGCGAAUGUGUCUGGCUGUCAUUUACGCUAAAUCAAACGAAACGCAGAAAGCUAAGAAGUUGUUGAAGAAGGCUGAAAGAGAAAUACCAAAUCGUAUGGCUGAGAUGAGUUCCGUCUAUGGUAUGUUAAAGCCCACACACUCAUCCUGUGUAGCAUAUUUUAAGCGAUCGCUUGAACUCAACAAAGACGAUCCGUGCUCAUUGGAAGGCCUUCUGGAUUAUUACAGCUCAACUACGUAUGAAUACGGAAAAGCCGUUGAAGUGGCUACUAAAGCAUUGUACUCGUUUUUGCAACGUUCCGACUUUCAGGAAAUGUUUGAACGUCGUCAAAAUUUGCUCAGAAAAAUUGUUCGCCAAGAUUAUUGGCAUCGGCUGUGAGUGGUCGAUGUUGACUCAAAAUAUUUUUUUCCUUCAAAUUCUGUCGAAUUUUCUUUCUUUUUUUUAGUUUUUUAUUUGAAAAAAAA